UAAGGUGCUUGUCGUUACGUUAGACGUAUGUUUUUCUGUCAAAGUUCUUCAUUUAAAAUCCGGUAACCGUUUCGUGAAGAGGAAUUGUUAACCAAACUGUAGUUUUUUAUUAGAUUAAAUAGUAUUCUAAAUCAAGGAUAUGACUGAUUCCGCAUCAGUUCGCCAGGUGAUCAUCGACUUUAUCUGCCUUGCUAUUGUUUGGGUGCCUGCUCUGAUUUGGUACCUGAUCGGUAAACCUUUUCAGCGAGGAUUCUACUGCGAUGACACUUCCAUCCGAUAUCCAUACAAGGACUCGACCGUUACGGACGCAGAACUUAUAGGUUAUAGUCUCAGCGUGCCUAUCUUACUGAUUAUAAUUGUGGAGAUUUUAAGCUGGAAACGUAACUCAAAAUGGGAAGGGAUCAUCCAACAGAGCAGUUCUUUAACGACUAAUAUUUCAUCUUCUAUCCGCUUCCGGUCCGUGGUGAUCAAAAUUGUCCACAUAGUCGCAAUCUUCCUAUUCGGUGAGGGUUGCUCACAAUUGGCUACGGAUAUCGGGAAAUACUCCGUUGGACGUCUCCGUCCGCAUUUUAUUGACGUCUGCCAACCAGCAAACUUGAACGAGUUGUGUCCGUUGGGUGGGCCACCCAUUUACAUCACCGAUUACACUUGCACGGGCACCGACGAGAAAAAACUUCUAGACUCUAGAUUGUCUUUCCCGUCUGGUCACUCUUCUUUUUCGGCCUACUCGAUGUUGUAUCUGGUGAUAUAUCUCCAGUGCAGGAUGAACUGGUCUGGCUCCAAGUUACUUCGGCCGCUGAUCCAGAUUGCAGCGUUGAUAUUUUCGUGGUACACAGGCCUUUCGCGAAUUACUGACUACAAACACCACUGGAGCGACGUAUUGACGGGAUUCGCCAUCGGCUACACUGCUGCGUCGCUCACGGCCUUGUACAUAGCUAAAUUCUUCAAGGCAAGUUCUUAUGGCACAACACCGUUGCUGCCUCAAAAUAGAAGUGACAUCGAACUUCAAAACCACUCAGAAGCUUCGGCCCAAUGUGACUGUGAGACGAGACCAACUUCUACCUAAUGGUCUAAUUCUGAAUUUUAUGAGAUAACGAUUAAGAUAGAAUUCGAAAAGCGCACUAAAAGAAAAUAACCCAUCGACGACAUAGUAACCAAGUGCAUCACCCCUUCCUUAAAAAAAAUAGAUCAAUUUGUAUAUAUGACUGCAGAUUAUUCAUAAGUUUUCGUUAUCACAAUUUUGUUUUAACCAGAAGUAAUCAAAUUUCAAAUUUUUUGCUAAGGUCCAACUUUCUCUACUAAUAAUGUGGUAAGCUCUUGCAUAAUUAUUCUUAUUUCAAAACAUUUUCUAUUUCCACGUAUGCGAUAAAGGGUCGAGUCUCCAAAACACGAACAGAUUUUAAAAUUCUCCUCAGUCAUCGCUCCUCAUUAAAAGUGAUUAAGUUACAAGACACAUCGUUGUACAAUUAUCCUCCAUCAAAUGGCUACAACAAAACGGCAACCUUGUUGUUACGUCACGAUUAUUGAGGAAAAACAACAACAGUAGUAAUGGCUCGCAAGUCCAAAUCUAAAUUAGUUAUAUACACGUUCGUUCUUCGGCAAACAAUGCCGACAGCUCCCCAGCAGUUAGUCAGCUUCACAUCAAAGUUCACUGUUUGUCUCUUACUUUGACGAAGAGAAAUCGCAAAGCUAGUUUUCGUAAUCAUUUGCUGCUGCUGUAGGAUCAGCUGAUGGUGUGUUGUGAUUGCACUUUGACAAUGACUUCUGCCCCACUCAUUCGUCAAGUGCUCAUCGACGUUAUCUGCCUUAUUUUUGGUAAUUACCCCUUAUAUUUAGAUAAGCCUGCAUUAAGAACUACAAUUAUACCUGUCUUACUUUGUUGUGUUUCUGUAAUGAUUUUUUUGGUGAGCCAUUUUGUGAUAGACCAAGUGGAAAUAGAAAACAGCAGUUUACCUUUGUCAGUCUUUAAGUUAAUAAUUCUAAGUCUAGAUAGUUAUACUUUAUACUUUUCCUUCACCACUAAGAAAAACUUCCAGGAAAAUUGUAAUUUCAACCAAAACAUCUUUCCUCUUUUUCAAGGAAUCAGAAAAUUAUGGUUUGGAUUGCAUUGAGUUAUUUACUUAGGAAAAAAAUUUGGAUCACACAGCCUCAUUGGUUUCCUUUCUCCCUUUUGACCCUUUUAGCCUUUCUCUUUUAGACUAUAAAGGCAAAAAUCUUUCAGUUAAUUUUAUCUCUUUAAUUGUGUUCUACUACCAAGACUUCCAUGACAAAAAAAUCAAGUCUUAUUUUUCUCUUUUAAGGAAAAUCGGAACAGAAAUCUUUAUUGUGCAUGUUUUAUUCAAUACGUGUAUGUUUUGCUGAAUAGCUCUAACCGGAUAUAUAUUAAUUUCGUCAUUCAUUGACACUCAUUAAUUCAUUAUUAUUUAUCUUGCGCAUGAGAAAUACCGCACUGGAAAAAGACAGAAUUUCUUCUUAAAAGAUUUUACUUUUGAAAGGAAAUAGAAUAAUUAUUUUCAACAUUUUCAACAAGUAAUUUGCCAUUUUCAAAGUAAAUUAUGUAAGAUAAAAGAAUUGACACUUAGUCUUAUUAAACCAUACAAGUAAAGAACGGCUAAGAUUCCACCGUAAAAUGGAAUUUUAAAA